AAGAAGAAGAAGAAGAAGAAGAAGAAGAAGAAGAAGAAGACGACGAACAAAGGAGCUCCGGUGAAAAAACGUGCCAACUGAUUCGUUCUGGCGCCCGCCCUGUUUUCGGUGCAUGAGUCUCAGAGUCAGCGCUAGCUGGUAUUAGUAUAUACUGCUCCCUAGCGACAAGUAGAGCGUUUGACAUUGAGCACACUGAUACAACACUCGCGGCAGUCAGAGUCGGUGCAUCGAUUCGAUUUACCGUUCACACAUAGGUUGUAUGCGAACGAAGAAGGUAAAACUGUUCGUGUUGUUGAAUCUUCGAAAUGAUAAGUUCCUCUUCUCCAGGCUGCCACGGUAGUGACAGAGUUAGGAGGGACAUAGUGUGCACGUUCUGGAUACGCAGACAGUGCAGGAAUGGCUACACAUGCAGGUUCCUCCAUGGGCACAGGCGAGAUACAAGGGUGUCCAACAAGUGCAACUAUGAUCCUUUUUCCAGUAGGUCUCAACCCCCCUCUGGAAUGAGAUAUCACGGAAUACCCCCUGGAGUACCCUGUUCAUUGGAGCACCCCCAGAGGUCUUCAAGUGUGCCCAUUCUACAACAGUGGAUUUUGCAUCCGUGCCCAAAAUUGCAGAUGAUACGCAGAGUCUACUACACUGACACGGAUCUCUCAAAGAACAGAGCUGACCACUCAAGGUCUGCCUGCAGCAGGCUAGCCCUCUCUCCAGUACCCAGCAUAGAGAACAUCAACGAUCAGAUUAGACACCAGCAUGAAACCUACUCCAGGCAACACCACUCUAGCCCAACCUACCAACUCAGGCCCCCCAGGGUAACCUGCUACAAGUACAUCACUGCCAAAGGCGUAGAAAGGAAGCCUAUUUGACAUGGAAAGAUGAGUAUGACAUUUUGUGUCUGUGCUUUUGUCUGUAUCUGUUUAGUGGGCAGGAGGGCCACUUUGCCAAGCCUGCAGAAUACAUGAAUGGCUGCGUUAAACAUCUACCUCUUGUCUCAUCCUAAGAAAAUCUGGUUUAGUUAUUUUGUGUAUCAUUUUGUUCUCAUCCAGUAUCAUGUUGAAAGAAAAUGUAUCUUGCACGUUGCACAAAAAAAGUGUUAUCUUUUCCACCAGGUGGCAGUCGUAAUCUGUGUUUUCAGUGUUAUCUUUUCCACCAGGUGGCAGUCGUAAUCUGUGUUUUCAGUGUUAUCGUUUUUAUCUUUUGAUUAAAGUUUGAUCAGGUUCUAAUGUUUAUGUUGUAAUGUUUUAAUUCAAAUUCUGUGUUAGGUAAUUGACAGUUAUGUUUACUUUGUAGUUUAUAUUACAUGUGG